CACACACACACACAAAAAUUCAUUAAUAACAAUAAAACUAAUCAAGACAAGAAUCAUUCCAAAGAUUUUAUAUAGUGAAAAUAAUUGACUUUGGGCCUAAACUUAUACAAAUAACUUGUUCCAACUGAAUUACAAGUCCAACCAAAAAGCCCAAACCCAACACUAAAAAUACUCUUCAUCGGACAGAAACUCGUCAGAAAAACAUCGAUCUCAGCCGAAAGGAAAAAAUCAAAAAAAUUUUCGGACUUCUGAAGCUGGAAAAGGCUGGAAGGAAGAAUGAACAUAGAUGAGAAUAAUCAUUUUCAGCCAUGGAAUGCAUCAAGCCUUCUUCGGCCUCAAUCUCAAUUGGUAUCACAUUCAUAUAAAGCCUCAAUUUCACUCUAUUUUCACUCAAGCUUCUCUUUUGCUCUCUGGUGGCCCGUGCCUUACUUCUCUUGCUGCCAAUAACCAAAGCCACGGAGAUUCGCCUUUGCCUCAGCCCAGAGAAAACUUCCGCGGGAUUGCGAAAUCCGUCAUAGCAAAGUGUUCCCAUUUGCGGGUUAACGACGGCAACAGAGGUGAGUCUCUGGUUGGCCUUUCUCUGAAAGAUUACUUUUUGAGACUUUCUAAUUUAUCCCCUGAUACUGUUCGGAGGUUUUGGCGGGUCUCAGUUUUGAGGCCUCAAGAUGUGCUUGAUAUAUUACUGGGUUUUGAAUUUCAUUCCGCAAAAUCUGGAGUUGAGCUUGAAGAGGUUAAAUCUUUAUGGGGUGUUUUUCAAUGGGCUAGUGAGCAACAUAGGGAUUUUCAGCAUCUUCCACUCUCUUGUAAGACCAUGGCUAAGAUGCUUGUUCGGGUGGGGAUGUUUGGACAAGCUGAAUGUUUGUUGUCGAGGUUGGAUGGUGAAGGAGUUUUGCUGGAUUGUCAUGAAAUUUUCAGUGAUUUGAUUGAAGGGUAUGUGGCUGAGUGUGAUUUUGGGAGGGCUGUUAUGAGUUAUGAUAGAAUGAAGACCCUAGGAUUAUUGCCCUCAUUUUCUUGCUAUAGGUCUCUUAUUGAUUUAUUAGUUCAGAUGAAUGAAGUCCAGUUUGCAUAUGGAGCUUUUCUGGACAUGAUCAAGGUUGGGAUGGGAAGAACUGCAGCAGAACAUGGCAUGUUUGACAAUGUUGAACGGCUGCUCUGUAUGGAUGGAAAAAUUCAGGAAGCUCGGGAACUUGCCAUAAAAGGUUAUGUGUACGGUGUCAAACCUAAUAAUCUAGUGCUUGAUGCCAUCGUGAAUGGUUAUUGCCAGAAAAUGGAUUAUGAUGAUAUCCUCAGUUUCUUGGUUGAAAUUAGGGGAGUACCUGAUGUUGCAAUUGGCAAUAAGGCAAUACGGUCUUUGUGCAGAAAUUUUGGUUCUCAGAGAGCAUAUGUAUUUAUGCAAGAGUUGGAACAACUUGGAUUUUGUCCCAACAAUAUAACCUUUGGGAUUCUGAUUGCGCAGACUUCUUCCGAAGGCAUGUUGAGAGAUGGUUUCAUUUUACUUUCUGAGAUGCUCUCAAGAAACCUCAAGCCUGAUGUAAAUACUUGUAAUGCUCUCAUGAGCGCCCUUUUUAAAGAGGACAUGUGGAAGCAACCAUUCGACAUUCUUCUGGAGAUGAAGGACUGGGGAGUAACGCCCGAGAUUUCAACUUUUAAGGUUCUGUUGGCAGGAGCAUUGAAAGCAAAACAAAUUGGUAAAGUGAGAGCAGUAGUAGGGUUAAUGGAAGAUCAUGGCUUAACACCAGUAUUGUCACCAGAAAAUCACCUUUCUACAGCAUUAGCCUUUUUGGGGCUGAAUCCACUAGUUGUAAAAAUUAGAAGGGACAAUGACUCUCAAUUUUCAAAAACACAGUUUUAUGAUGAUCUUGGAAAUGGACUCUAUUUGGAAACAGAUGUGGAUAAACUUGAGAAAUCCUUGACGAGGGUUCUCGAUGAUGCAAUGUUUCCUGAAUUCAACUCCCUUGUAUUUAAGAACUGUCAAAAAGGAGACCCUAUGGUUGCUCUACAGAUGGUGGAUGAAAUGGCUCAAUGGGGACAGGUGUUAUCUGUAUCUGCUGCCUCUGCACUGGUGAAUAAGCUAUCGACAUCCCAAAUGAACAUUAAGAUGCUUAAUAGUCUGUUGGAGAAUAUCCCGUACCCAGUUUAUCAACUUCACAUAGGAGCUCUGAAUAAGCUCAUUCAGAAGUUCGGCAAAAGGGGAUUUACAUACAAAGCAAAGAUUAUAUUCAAUAAAAUGUUGCAGAUGAAGUUAGAAAUUGAUAGCGACACAUACAGCAGUAUUUUGAUAAGUUCAUACAAAAAAGAUGACCUGAAAAGCUUCCACCAGUGCUGGCAGCUUGCAAGAGACGGCAACUGGCUGCCUCAGCGAAAAGAUGGUAGAGCUCUUCUUGAUUGUUUAUGCCAGUCAAAACUUCUGGAAGAAGCUUUGGAGCUGCUUGAAAUUAUUAUACUGGAUUGCCGUUACCAUCCAAUGGAUACUUUUCCAGACUUUUUUCAAAAGUUGUGCUCUAGAGGACUGACUUCCAUUGCUGAUGUUUUAGCAAAGGAAGUCCAGAAGCUCGGCCUUGUCUUGGAUGAUGAGUCGUACAACCAUCUCAUGAGUGGCUUUUGCAAAGAAAAAAAGCUUGGUGAAGCUUUUGUUUUAUUGGAUGCUUUAUUCGCCAAGAAGUUCGAUCCUUCUUUAAUUUCAGCUCCUCUGUUAAUUCGUCAGCUUUGCCUGUCUGGUUACUUUGAUAAAGCUAUUCUGCUGAAAGAGAGAUGCUUAGAAAAACAUCCUUCUGGUCUUGUCUUAAUCUACCAAGCUUUAAUAGAUGGACUUUGCACGAUGGGAAUGGUUGGUGAAGCAUUCAUUUUCUUUCAGGAUAUAAUGCAGAGAAAACUUGCUGACAACGACAUGCAUAACAUGCUGAUUUUGGGAUAUAGUCAAGAUAGUGAUCCGACGAGGUUGAGAGGGCUUCUUGGUGUCAUGAUAAGAAAUAAUAUCACUAUAUCAAUUUCAAGUUACCGCAGUUUGGUCCAACGGGAAUAUGCAGCUGGAAAGUUUUCCAUGGCUUUGAGUUUGAAGAAGCUUAUGGUUGGAGAUUGUGGCCCUCCUAGUAUCACUUUAUACCACAUCUUGAUGUUCUACGUAUGCCAACUGCAAGAAUCUGGACUUCUAAAAAAGUUAGUCAAGGAGAUUCAGGAUAGUGGAUUGCAACUUGAUGGAAUAUCGUAUAAUCUGAUAAUUGAAGGCUUUGCAAAUUCUAAAGAUGUUUCACAUUCUUUGUGGUAUCUCAAUGCUAUGAUAUCAAAAGGUUUUAAGCCUAAUAAUCGUUGUUUGAGGAAGGUGAUGGGUGUCCUCCUUUCCUUUGGAAAGGCUGAAAAAGUUUUAGAACUAAAUCAGGAAAUGGAAUCAAGAGGUUGGGUUCAUGGUUCGGUUGUUCAGAUCAACAUUGUUGAGGCUCUAAUGAUGAGUGGUAGAUUAUCAGAAGCACUGAAGUUUUUGGAUCGAAUAACUUCCAAAGGUCUAAUCCCAGACAAAGUGGACUACAAUUUUAUUACCAAGCAGCUCUGUCAGCAUGGAGAACUAAGUAAGGCAGCUGAUCUUCUAAACAUAAUGACAAGGAAAGGAAGUAUUCUUGAUUCUACGAGUUUUGACUAUUUGAUUCAUGGUCUCUGUAGAAUCCGCAAGCUUGACACUGCUCUGGAUUAUCAUAGCGAGAUGUUGUGCAGAAAUCUAACUCCAAACAACACUACUUGGACUAUGCUGGUUCGUGAGUUGUGCGAGAUUGGACGAGUUGCUGAAGCAGAAGAGCUGCUUCAGUUAAUGGGUGAGAGAGGUGAGGUUCCAAGCAAGGAGAUGUAUUCUGCUGUGUUGAAUCGAUAUCGGUCUGAAAACAAUCUGAGGAAAGCUUCACAAGUGUUGAAAGCGAUGCAGGAGAGUGGCUAUGAGCCUGAUUUCGAAACUCAUUGGUCUCUGAUAAGAAAUUUCAGCCAUCCAAACAACAAUAAAGAUGAGAGAGGGUUCCUCUCCAGACUUCUUUCUGGAACUGGAUUUGGUAAGAAGCAUUGACUUUGUUGAACAUAUAGUACCUGAAUGUUAUUAUUAUGGUAAAAAAAAUAUUUUGGUUUAUAUUCUUCAAUUUUGUUUGAUUCUUCAAGUACCUUAGACCAAGAAUUUUUAGCUGAUGGUUGUAUGGCUAGCUGAGUUUGUAAUGUUCUAGUACUCUGGCAUACUCCAUCUGAACUUGUGCUUUGUGGUCUGAAUGAGAUACAUUUUGGCCUUUCAACUGUUUCUCCCUCGUCUGCUUUUCCUUGGAAAUGAGAAGACUUCUACAUUUUACAGUGUCUAAAUUUUUCCAUGCCGGCAAACUGCAUUUCUUGGUACUAAGUUCGUUGCUGCAACUCCAAAGUAAUCUGUUUGCAACUCUGCCAUUUUGGUCUUUACCGACUCCAAAUUCUUGCUCUGAGAAUAUGCAUUUCCUUCUUCAUUCUUUCUUUGAUGUGUAUUAUAAAUUUGUAUUAGUAGGAAG